AUGCAGGGGCUCGUGAGCGACAAGACGUUCCACUUGAAGUGGAACAACCACCUGCAGAACCUGAGCCAGCUGUUCACGACCAUCUACUCGUCCUCGGCGCUCGCGGACGUGACGCUCUCCUGCCGUGAUGGGACCCUCAAGGCGCACAAGCUCGUGUUGUCGGCUUGCAGCCCUUACUUCGAACAGAUAUUCAAGGACAAUCCAUGCCAGCAUCCGAUUGUGAUCUUAAAGGGGAUACCAUUCUCCGAGAUCAAUCUCUUGGUGGAAUUCAUGUACAAAGGAUCGGUGGAUGUCCAAGAGUUGGAUCUGCAGUCGUUGAUGCACACAGCUUCCGAGUUAGAGAUCAGAGGACUUGCAUAUGAGGCUCGUGAUAACGCAGCACAGUUAUUAAACGUUAACUUGGAGUAUCCGACAUACACUCAGAAUGCUACCACAACGGCAACGACCACAGCGACCGCAGUCUCAACAUCACAGACAUACCCACAGACAAGAACAGAUGUAGAGAGAUUGAAACAGAUCCACAUGUACCAGCAGUCGAUGAUGCGUGCUGAGGAGAUACGGCGGCGGCGGCGCGAGGACAUGCCGGGGACCCAGACCGCCGUCAACAACAUACUGGCGGCGGCCGCCAGGGAGAUGGAGGAGGCGAGGCACGCGGCGCGCGGGGAGAGGGUCGUGGCCAGCAUACAGACUGAACAGGAAGCAACAUCCACUUCAUCAGCGUCGGUAGCGGCGACAUCAACACAACACGACGUGAAGCGAGAAUACGAAGACGAUAGACCUAAAAAACGGGUCUCCAUCAUGUCACCAGAAGACGAGAAGACCAGGGUCAAGAAGAAGACCAUGACGGUACGCUUCCAAGAAGACAAGACUGACGACGGAACACAGAAGAUUACAUCACCAGGCCCAAACACAAACCAGCAGGUCCACACACAGACAAACCACGGCGAAUCAAAAAACGACAGCGAAAUGAAGGGCGGCAUCAAAGUGGUUCAACUGGCCGUGCUUCAGAAACAGAACCAGGCGAACAAUGAACACGAUGACUCUGACGACAAGGCAGGCAAGCUGGUGAUGGAUGAUGAUGAGGAGACGGACUCCAGCGGCUCUAUAUCAGACUCGGCGGCCAACGAGUCGCAGGACGGCCGGCCGCACGUCUGUGAUAUAUGUGACGUCAGGUUCGCCCGGUCGUCCCACCUGUCCCGACACCGCCUCACACACACCGGCGAGAGACCCUUCACAUGCGGGGGAUGCGGACGAUCCUUCGCUCGCUCCGACAAACUGAGGGUGCACACUAAAAUAUGCGAACGGGAGGAUCCAACAGUGGACAUGGCCAACGAAUCAGUGAAACGCGAGAACAAUUCUGAGGUGAUGUCAGGGAUGGUGCGAACCACUCACCGGGAGUCCGGCCACUUAGUGUUCACACCCAGCGGUGACGUCAUGCUGCCACCUCGGCCCGGCAACCCUGUGGUACUCAACUCGACCCUGGAACCCAUCAGGAACGAACUCAACGCCUCAGACCUUGUAGACCCGCCGCGCAGAGGACGCGGCAGACCCAGGAAGACCCCACUACCACUCACGCCUAAGAUCAAGAAGAGGAGGGGACGACCGCCCAAGACAUCACUCGAUAUGGAAGGCUGUGUGCUGACUGGCGGGUCAGUGUCGGGCAGCGCGCUGGCCGGACACCAGCUAAUGCUGAAGAGGAAGCGAGGACGCCCGCCGAAGAACUACUUCCUGUCACAGCCGGGUAUGGAUAUGGCAAUCCAGUACAGCAUUGCGGCAGAAAUGAACAACAUUUACGGACGACCCAACGAGAACUACAACGCGACCAACCUGCCGUUCGGAGACUUCUCGUACCUGACCGAGAUGAUGUACAACCCGCUGGCCUACCCCUACGUGACCGUGGACCCCGACCGGAACGUGGACGCCGACGCCGCGGACACGUCGCGCGGGACCAUCGACGUGUCCGACACCAGCUCCGACGACGACUCCGAGGCCGACCGGCGCCGCGUCAUGACGGUCGGCGACUGCCAGAUAGUGAAGCUGCCGCCGGCCGACGAGCGUGACGAGCGUGACGAGUCGCCGCCCGACGACCUACCGCCGCCCACCAGCUCCGUCACCAUCACGCCCAUCACCACCGUCGGCGACUGCACGCUGCGGCCACACAACGCAUAA